AAAUCAUCAAAAAUGACAAAAGCGGAGUUGGAUAGAAUUAGUUUCUUACCCGAUCAUCUUAUAGAUCGGAUUCUGUCAGACUUGCCGACUAUGGAAGUAGUGAGAACAAGCAUUUUAUCCAGCAAAUGGAAGAACAAAUGGACGGCACAACCAAAUCUUGUGUUUGAUAAACAAUGUGUAUCGGCUGCAGCUUCUCAAGACAGCAAGCUUUUGAGAAUUAUUGACCAUGUACUUUUGGUCCAUGAUGGGUCAAUAAACAAGUUUGAGAUCUCUAGCUCCAUAAAUGACCUCAAUUCUGUCACCUCUGUUGAUAUUGAUCGCUGGAUUCUUCAUCUAAUCAAAAAGUCUAUUAAAGUGCUUGUAUUGGACGUUUGGAUAGGUGAAUAUUAUAAGAUACCCUGGUGCUUAUUCUCUUGUCAAAGUUUACUUCAUUUAAAAUUAUCUUUUUGUCGGGUUAAGCCUCCAACCAAGUUUGAAGGUUUCAAGAAAUUGAAAAGUCUUGAGCUUAAACAUGUUACAGUAACUCAAAAUGCUUUUGACAAGUUGAUAAAUGGAAGCCCGCUGCUUGAAAGAUUGUUAUUGGAACAUUUUGAUGGUUUCACAGAAAUUCAUAUUGACGCACCAAAUCUCAAGUUCAUUGAAUUCACCGGUAAAUUUGAGGAUAUUAGCUUUGACAACACUCCCCAAUUGGCUGCCGCAUACUUUAAUUUAAGCUUUUAUCAAAAUAGAUUGAAUGGACGCUCUAACAAUUUGCUCAAUUUGUUUGAUCAUCUACCUCGAUUAAAGAGCACGCUGAUUUGUACCCAUUUUUUAAAGUAUUUGGCUUCAGGAGUUGUGCCGCUAGAGCUUCCGACUCCUUGUAUGAAUCUAAGAACUCUUUACUUGGAAAUAGACUUCAAUGACUUGAAGCAAAUAUCAGUUGUUCUUUGCUUGCUCAAAAGCUCACCUAAUAUUCGAAAGUUAGCAUUGUCUGUACCACUUAAAAAGAAGAAUGCCCUUUUAACAAAUGCCUCCUACUGUUGGGAAAAUCUCUUUUCAUUGCCAGCAAUGCCACUUAUAGUGAGACGUUUGAUGAUAAAAGGCAUCUCUGGGACCAAACCUGAAUUAUACUUUAUUAGAUUUUUAUUUUUAUAUUCUCCCUUUUUAGAAAAGAUUAUUGUGAAGCCUGAUGUAAAUGUCAAUUCGAUUUUGAUGACAAAAUUAAUCAGCUUAAGAAAAGCAUCAGUGCAUGCUGAGGUAGUUAAUUAUGGUGGGAGUGACUCUCAAUUUUUUUCUUCUUAAAACAUUAUGUGUAUUUCUUUAUUAGUGUGACUCUCAAUAAUUUUUCUAUCUCAAAAUAGUUAUGAUUUUAGAA